CCUCGACGCGAACUAGACGCUCUCUGUACACCCCUAGACUCCAUGGUAUUUCUAACCUAACCACCCUCGCGCACCAUCCCGUUCAUGCUCGCGUGACGUGUGUGUUUCGUGGCGCGCUGCGUUAUAUCGUUUCCCUCCUCAUUCCCCGGCGCAGUACGCGCGUUAUCCUUGUUCCGGAAGGUUCGUUGCAACCAGGUGCAAAGAGAGGACAGUGAGAACCGAGGGGGUGUGAGAGAAACAGAGAGAAAGAGGGACAGAGAGGGGAGAAGCCAGCUGGCUCCAGGCCGCUCGGCGGGAGUUCUCGAGGGUAGAAACAAUUCGGACUUUUGUUGUGUCUUUCGUCUAAUGCAGUGGCCUCUCCCGCCCGGCGAACUUUAUGAAAACUCCGAUAGUCGACAUCGAGGCGGUGCCAAGGUCACGAGGGAGGAGCUGAGGUCAUCGCGGCAUCUAUGUUGUGCGGCGAACUCCUGAACGGUGGCUUCGUCAGUGCCGGAGCGGUACCAGUGGUUCCGUACAGCCUCCCAGGACUCUGGUUACCCGGUUGCCUGCGUGCUACCAGCCCGCGCCUGUUGACCUCCCCUUACUUGACCCUGCUGGCCGAGCUUCUGGCCGCGGGCCGCCUCGAGCUGCGAGACGAUCUCCUGGAGCUGAUGGACCUGGCAAAGAGGAGCCAUCAGGCUCCCGGCAACAACGGAGCGCCCGAGUACGACCUUGAUCUCCACGCCGACGACAUCGACGAGAUCUUCUUGGAAAACGGCCUCCUUUCCUUCGAAAAUCCCAACUACCAUCUGGAUCCAGUCCGACUGGACGAUGCUCUAAAUAGCAAUGGAAACAGCAGCUCUCUGUUCGAGGAAUUGUAUCAGGAAUUGGUCAGCGGUGGCAGAAGUGGCGAGGUGACCGGCGGCGGCGGCGGGGGAGGGGGCGGUGGAACGAAGGUGCAGGCACGCAGAACCUACGCCACAUUGGAUCUGGGCAGUAUGGGGGUGGACGUCACUCAGGACCCCCUCACGCAGGAUUCCGUGACGGACGAUGCUCCCGACAACACGGACAACCAUAACCUAGGGUACGGCUGCGAGGGUGUGGCGGAGUCCGCUCUCGUCGACGACACCCUCAACGGGAAUCCCCGCUCGUCGUCCUCGUCGUCGUCGAGCGCGAUCCUGCCUCAGUCUCACGCCCUUCAGUCGGGAUCCGCGGGAUCGAUCGACGCUGCGGACACUUCCGGGUCGAGAAAUUAUUGCGAGAAACCCGACAACGAGACCGCAGAGAUGGGCGGCGUGCCGCACGUGGAGGGUGGCUUGAACAGCGAGCUGUACGCAGUUCCGGUGAAACGGCGACAGCCGAAGGACCAGAAGAACAAUGCGAUUUUGCAGAACAAUAUCCAGGAGAAGCCGGCGGACGUGGAUAGCACCGAUUCCGAGGACAAGGACGAAAAUCUGCCGCCUGGCUGGCAGAAGCACGAAGAUGAAAAUGGACCCUAUUAUUGGCACGUUAAAAGCGGAAACAUUCAGAGGGAACCGCCGGAGGCUCCUCUGCAUUCGAAAACAGAAGCGCGCCGAAGUCUCGUCAAGGAUAAUGACAGCAUAAACAAUUUUCACACUUUGAGUGGCAUGGUGAACACGGUGACUCGCAGCAACACGAGCUCGGCUCUGGACCAGGAAUUGGAGAACAAGAGAAAAGUGGAAUUGGCGCUCAAACGAAGAAGCUAUCCCGCUAGAGCGGACUCCGAGGGCAGGGAUAAACCAAUCAGAUUCGCCGUGCGAUCUUUGGGUUGGACGGAAAUCGCGGAAGAGGAUUUAACACCUGAGAGGAGCAGCAAAGCUGUCAACAAGUGCAUCGUGGAUCUCUCCCUCGGUAGAAACGAUCUUCUGGACGUCGUUGGACGAUGGGGCGAUGGUAAGGAUCUAUUUAUGGACUUGGACGAGGGUGCGCUCAAGUUGAUCGAUCCGGAGAAUCUCACUGUACUAAACACACAGCCUAUUCAUACGGUUAGAGUGUGGGGCGUAGGAAGAGACCACUGUCGCGAAAGGGACUUUGCUUACGUGGCAAGAGAUCGAUCAACCAGGAAACACAUGUGCCAUGUGUUUCGUUGCGACAUACCAGCGCGCACGAUUGCAAACACACUCCGUGACAUUUGUAAGAAGAUAAUGAUCGAGCGUUCGCAGCAUCAGAAUCUCGCGAAACCGGUGGACAUUAACGGUCGGACGAGUCUCGCUACAAGACCCACGAAUCUGCCUACUGAACAUCGACGCUUCCACAGAAACGGUCAGGCACUAGUCACACAAUCGUUCCCAACUCCAAUGGAGGAACCGAAGAAAGUAUUGCGAGCGCAAUAUCUCGGAUCCAUGCAAGUCACUCAGGCAACCGGCAUGGAGGUACUGAACGAAGCGAUAGAACAUAUCGUGGCAAACACGCCGAUCAAUCAAUGGCGAAACGUCAACGUCGCCGUAGCUCCUAGCAUGAUUUCUAUUCUUACACCAAACGACGACAAGCUUAUCACCGAAUGUCGAGUACGCUACCUAUCAUUCCUCGGUAUUGGCCGCAAUGUGAAGCAAUGCGCUUUUAUUAUGCACACCGCACAGGAUUUAUUCAUUGCACAUGUCUUCAACUGUGAACCCAGCAGCGGAGCCCUCUGCAAGACGAUUGAAGCCGCUUGCAAGCUGAGGUACCAGAAAUGCUUGGACGCACAUCCGCAGGGCUUCAGAAAUGCUAGUAGUCUCAAUACUCCAAGCGGCAGAGGUUUAGGCGCAACUUUAAAAUCUCUAGUUGGAUCCUUGACUGGCCGCAGGAGCAAGCAGGGCGAGUCCUGAGACGAGGCUCUCUCGCUGCAGAUCAGUCCGACUGUCCGCUAGGAACUCUGGCCACUGCCUGCUGAGCGAGAGGUGAUCCGACAUAGGCAUCUGCAGUCGCCGUUGACUCUCAAGUACUUCGGCGGCUCACCGCCGAGCGCGUCCCUCAAGUCGCUGCUCUCGCCCUCCCUGGACACCAGACGUAUCCAGCUCGCUCGUUGGGAAAGCAAUCCUUAGAGGAAACAUGAAAUUUGAUAUGCCGAGAGGCAGCCGUAGGGCGAAUGGAUAUUCUCUUUACAAUGUAAACGACUGAAUUUCGCAAAAAAAAAUUGCGCAGAGUGCUAUACCAAUACCACAACUAUAGUGGACUACGCUUACCUAUGUCGAUAUGAUGUUAUGUAUGUUAAUGCAAUGAGUCCGAAAAGGAGGGAGAGUGUCGCGAACUUGCCACGUUCUGUCAAUAGGCAAAAAUGACAUCGGGAUGCAUCGAUCCUGUUGCAGAAAUCCUUAGGAGGCAGUGUAUACCAGCUUGUGAGCAGCAGCAUUUUCAAGAAAUCAAUGAGAAAGAAGUUCGAGAAGGGGGAGAGGGGAAAAAAACAAAGGAAUCGGAAGAAUUUUGAAGAGCAAAAUCGUCUGUACAUAUAAGAUGGUGAUUAUCGCGCUAAAUUUAAUCAACUCGCUUGCUCGUGCGGGUGGGAAGGAAGAACCCGCCAUUGGGAUCUCACAAGCGAAUCAAGUUGUAUGCGUGUUGGAGAGUGAAUGAGCUCUGCAAUUAGUGUAGUAAGCGUAUAUCCGCGAAGGCAUUCGAGGUGAUUCGAGAGGAGCCAUAGAGAGCUUGCGUAUAUAUGAAUAUAAUAUAUAGUACACAUACACACACACACAUGCACACGUACAUAUAUUCAUACGUGCGGUGUACAGAUUAGAAGAGCAAGACGAGGGCAACGACCGGAUUGCACAAAGUACAUAUGUGCACGAGUGCAGAGAAGAAUUUCCGCACGCGCGCACACAGCAUACACAUACAUACAUAUAUAUACGUAUAUAUAUGUAUGCACAUGCGUGCAUAUAGACACUGGCCAGCACUGCAACUCUUAUACCGGGUAUCCCAUGGACGUCGCCGCGUUUUUCUUAUUUCGACGAUGAUGCAUUAGGAGGAGCGCGACGGGUCCGAAGACACCCCGCAGAUACACACGCGCACAUUUAUACGACGGCCGGAUAGGGAGUUUAUUUUUUAUGGCGAAUUAAUAGGAGCUUUAGGGGAGAGCUUUGCAGUACCUCGGAGAUCACGAAGCCGAUACGACAAAUACUUAUACCGCGACCGUCCUUUAGACUUCAGCCAGGAUUGGGGGAGGGAGGGGGGGGAGGAAUGGCACUUAAGCGAGAGAUCAGUGGUGCGCGACAAUAUCAAAGCUACACGUAAUCGUAGUUGACCGUUGUACGUGCAACAAAGUUACGCAACACUCAGAAGACGUGCGGUAAUAACUUAAACCGAGAGUAUCAAUGUCGGUAUCAAUAAUUAUUAUCGUCGGUGAUAAUUGUUAUUCCCGUAAGCGCGCACGCUAAAUAUAAUAAUUGUUACCGCUAGGCGCAUCAUAGCACGAUGAAUUGCAGUUAAAAAAAAUCGUAUGCAUAUCAGGUCAUUGCAGUUUCUCCGGUCGCUACGCAAAGUAUAGAGAUGCACACUCGGCACGUGCGUGCUCGUACGAAGAUGUCAUUACGAGAGAAAAACGACACGUACGAUCCAAGACUUAUUCUCACAGCAUCUAGACACACGUUCCACAUACGUAGAGACAUACCAGCUGUGAACUGCACUUCGCACUAGUGAUCGCCGCUGUCUCGUAGACUUUAGAUAGCUGAGAACGUAACUCCAGGCACGUUUCUAUGGUAACACUUACAAAUUCGAUCGCAUCGCACCGCGAGAACACACGAUACGUAUACAUUUGGAACACGCGUGCGUAUUGAUAACGAUCAUAUGUAAAGGAGACUCACUGCUCUUGCUGACACGGAUACGGAACACGAACGAUUGAAUGAAACAUGUGCUCCCUAUAAUACGCGUCUAAAUUUGUAUUUUAACUUUCCCCUUGAUUUGUUUUCAUUUUAUACGGUAGUCAUAAAAAGAAGUAGCUUAAUAA